AGGUCGCAGGCGUCCAUGUAGCGAGUCGCCGUGGUCACAUGACUUUUGGGAAGACGGUGCCGAUCUGCAGCCGGAGGUCAAAGUCUCCUCCCGUUGCCAUGGAAACGCAGCAAAACAACCAUCAGGGAAAGUUGCUGUCAACUCUGACCUCCACCCACGCAAAUGUAGCCUGGCUCACAACAACUGACCCGGUUCAGCGUGUCGGCAUGCAACAACAUGGCCGCCUGCCUCGCCGCCCAUGUGACUUGCGGCCCGAGCGCGGAAAGAUGGAGGUGGCCGGCGAGCCUGAACAAGCUGACGGUGCAGACUGCCGCUCGGCGCCGUCUUUCUUUAAUGGGUCCCUACAUAAAUAAAACAUCACAGAGUCACGCGGCAAAAUUAGUCCCAAACUUCGGCUUCAACUUCUUUACAAAGAUGAAUAAAUAAUAUUAUGCUUUGUGCGCCGCCACUUCACACGUGCGCGCGCUUCUUCACGCCGCUGUGAGCAAGCCAACAUGUGGAAGCCUGGACAGGAAGUGGACCGGCUAAUUUCACGCGCCACGCCGGAAUACUGAAAAACGACAACAAGUACUUGACUAUAUUGUCUCUUUCGAGAUGGCAGGGCCGAGGUUUCAAGGAUGCCUUGUCAGCCUAAAUGUGUCAGAACAGGAAGUAAGGACUUUUGGAGGACAGGAAGUGAUGAUGUGGACAACAGGAAGUGAUAGUGCAGGUGACAGGAAGUGAAGAUGUGUGAAAGACAGGAAGUGAGGACAUAUGGAAGACCGGAAGUGAGGAGAUGUGCGAGACAGGAGGUGAUAGACAUGUGCAAGACAGGAAGUGAAGAUGUGGACAACGGGAAGUGAAUAUGUGGUGACAGAAAGUGAAGACGUGCAAGAAAGGAAGUGAUGACAUGUGCAAGACAGGAAGUGAAGACAUUUGCAAUACAGGAAGUGAAGAUGUGGACAACAGGAAGUGGAGAUGUGGAUGACAGAAAGUGAAGACGUGCAAGAAAGGAAGUGAAGACAUGUGCAAGACAUGGUGUGGACAUUAGUAAGUGAAGAUGUGUGGAAGACCGGAAGUGAAGGACAAAAUAAUGUGGAUGACAAGACGUGAAGAUGUGGAUGUCAGGAAGUGAUGACGUGCAAGACAGGAAGUGAAGACAUUUGCAAAACAGGAAGUGAAGAGAUUUGUGAGACAGGAGGUGAUUGUGUGGACAUUAGUGAGUGAAGAUGUGGACAACAGGAAGUGAAGACAUGUGCAAGACAGUAAGUGAAGAUGUGGAAAUGAGGAAGUGAAGACAUUUACAAGACAGGAAGUGAAGACAUUUGCAAGACCGGAAGUGAAGAGAUUUGUGAGACAGGAGGUGAUUGUGUGGACAUUAGUGAGUGAAGAUGUGGACAACAGGAAGUGAAGACAUGUGCAAGAUAGUAAGUGAAGAUGUGGAAAUGAGGAAGUGAAGACAUUUACAAGACAGGAAGUGAAGACAUUUGCAAGACAGGAAGUGAAGACAUUUGCAAGACAGGAAGUGAAGACAUGUGCAAAACAGGAAGUGAAAAUGUGGACAAGAGGAAGUGAAGACAUUUGCAAGACAGGAAGUGAAGACAUUUGCAAUACAGGAAGUGAAGAUGUGGACAACAGGAAGUGAAGACAUUUGCAAGACAAGAAGUGAAGACAUGUGCAAGACAGGAAGUGAUGACAUGUGCAAGACAUGGUGUGGACAUUAGUAAGUGAAGAUGUGUGGAAGACCGUAAGUGAAGGACAAAAUAAUGUGGAUGACAGGAAGUAAAUAUGUGUGGACAACAGGACAUGAAGAUGUGGAUGUCAGGAAGUGAUGACAUUUGCAAAACAGGUAGUGAAGAAACGUGCAAGACCGGAAGUGAAGAGAUUUGUGAGACAGGAGGUGAUUGUGUGGACAUUAGUGAGUGAAGAUGUGGACAACAGGAAGUGAAGACAUGUGCAAGACAGUAAGUGAAGAUGUGGAAAUGAGGAAGUGAAGACAUUUACAAGACAGGAAGUGAAGACAUUUGCAAGACCGGAAGUGAAGAGAUUUGUGAGACAGGAGGUGAUUGUGUGGACAUUACUGAGUGAAGAUGUGGACAACAGGAAGUGAAGACAUGUGCAAGAUAGUAAGUGAAGAUGUGGAAAUGAGGAAGUGAAGACAUUUACAAGACAGGAAGUGAAGACAUUUGCAAGACAGGAAGUGAAGACAUGUGCAAAACAGGAAGUGAAAAUGUGGACAAGAGGAAGUGAAGACAUUUGCAAGACAGGAAGUGAAGACAUUUGCAAUACAGGAAGUGAAGAUGUGGACAACAGGAAGUGAAGACAUUUGCAAGACAGGAAGUGAAGACAUGUGCAAGACAGGAAGUGAUGACAUGUGCAAGACAUGGUGUGGACAUUAGUAAGUGAAGAUGUGUGGAAGACCGUAAGUGAAGGACAAAAUAAUGUGGAUGACAGGAAGUAAAUAUGUGUGGACAACAGGACGUGAAGAUGUGGAUGUCAGGAAGUGAUGACGUGCAAGACAGGAAGUGAAGACAUUUGCAAAACAGGUAGUGAAGAAACGUGCAAGACCGUAAGUGAAGAGAUUUGUGAGACAGGAGGUGAUUGUGUGGACAUUAGUAAGUGAAGAUGUGGACAACAGGAAGCGAAGACAUGCAAGAUAGUGAGUGAAGAUGUGGACAACAGGAAGUGAAGACAUUUGCAAGACAGGAAUGGAAUAUGUGGGUGACAGGAAGUAAAUAUGUGUGGAAGACAGGACAUGUGGAGGUCAGGAGGUGAAGAUGCAGACGUCAAGAAGUGAUAACAUGUGCAAGACAGGAAGUGAAGGCAUUUGCAAGACACGAAGUGAAGAUGUGGACAACAGGAAGUGAAGAUGUGGAGGACAGAAAGUGAAGACGUGCAAGAAAGGAAAUGAUGGCAUGUGCAAGACAGGAAGUGAAGAUGUGGACAACAGGAUAUGAGGACAUUUGCAAGAAAGGAAGUGAAGAUGUGGACAACAGGAAGUGUAGACAUUUGCAACACAGGAAGCGAUGACAUGUGCAAGACAGGAAGUGAAGACAUUUGCAAGGCAGGAAGUUCAGAAAUGUGCAGGACUGGAAGUGAAGAGAUGUGCGACGCAGGAGGUGAUGGUGUGGACAUUAGUAAGUGAAGAUGUGGACAACAGGAAGUGAAGACAUGUGCAAGACAGGAAGUGAAGAUGUGGACAAGAGGAAGUGAAGAUCUGGACAACAGGAAGUGAAGACAUUUGCAAGACAGGAAUCGAAUAUGUGGGUGACAGGAAGUAAAAAUAUGUGUGGAAGACAGGACGUGUGGACGUCAGGAGGUGAAGAUGUGGACGUCAGGAAGUGAUGACAUUUGCAAGACAGGAAGUGAAGACAUUUGCAAGACAGGAAGUGAAGGUGUGGAUGACAGAAAGUGAAGACGUGCAAGAAAGGAAGUGAUGACGUGAAAAACAGGGAGUGAAGAUGUGGACAACAGGAUAUGAGGACAUUUGCAAGAAAGGAAGUGAAGAUGUGGACAACAGGAUAUGAGGACAUUUGCAAGAAAGGAAGUGAAGAUGUGGACAACAGGAAGGGAAGACAUUUGCAACACAGGAAGCGAUGACAUAUGCAAGACAGGAAGUGAAGACAUUUGCAAGACAGGAAGUGAAUAUGUGGACACCAGGAAGUGAAGAUGUGGAUGACAGAAAGUGAAGACGUGCAAGAAAGGAAGUGAAGAUGUGGACAACAGGAUAUGAGGACAUUUGCAAGACAGGAAGUUAAGACAUGUGCAAGACAGGAAGUGAAGAUGUGGACAACAGGAAGUGAAUACAUUUGCAAGACAGGAAGUGCAGAUGUGGAUGACAGAAAGUGAAGACAUACAAGACAGGAAGUGAUUAUAUUUGCAAGACAGGAAGUGAAUAUGUGGACAACAGGAAGUGAAGACAUGUGCAAGACAGGUAAUUAAAAUAUAGACAACAGGAAGUGAAGACUUUCGCAAGACAAGAAUUGAAGAUGUGGACAACCGGAAGUGAAGACAUGUGCAAGACAGGAAGUGAAGAUGUGGACAACAGGAAGUAAAGAUGUGGAUGACAGAGAUUGAAGAUGUGGAUGACAGGAAGUGAGGACAUUUGCAAGACAGGAAGUGAAGACGUGCGAGACAGCAAGCGAAGAUGUGGAUGACCCGAAGUAAACUUGUGGACAACAGGAAGUGAAGACGUGCAAGACAGGAAGUGAAGACAUGUUCAACACACGUAGUGAAGAUGAGGACAACAGGAAUUGAAGACAAGUGCAAGACAGGAAGUGAAGACGUGCAGGACAGGAAGUGAAGAUGUGGAUGACAGAAAGUAAAGACAUGUUCAAGACUGGAAGUGAAGAUGUGGACAACAGGAAGUGAAGACAUGUGCAAGACAGGAAGUGAAAACAUUUGUUAGACAGGAAGUGAAGACAUGUCCAAUGCAGGAAGUAAAGAUAUGGACAACAGGAAGUGAAGACAUUUAUAAGACGGGAAGUGAAGAUGUGGACAACAGGAAGUGAACACAUGUCCAAUGCAGGAUGGGAAGAUGUGGACAACAGGAAGUGAACACAUGUCCAAUGCAGGAAGUGAAGACAUUUGUAAGACAGGAAGUGAAGACAUGUCCAAUGCAGGAAGUAAAGAUAUGGACAACAGGAAGUGAAGACAUUUGUAAGACAGGAAGUGAAGAUGUGGACAACAGGAAGUGAAGACAUGUCCAAUGCAGGAAGUGAAAAUGUGGAUGACAGAAAGUGAAGAUGUGCAAGAGAGGAAGUGAAGAUGUGGACAACAGGAAGUGAAGACAUUUGCGAGACAUGACGUGAAGACAUGUGCAACACAGGAAGUGAAGAUGUGGACAACAGGAAGUAAAGACAUGUUCAAGACUGGAAGUGAAGAUGUGGACAACAGGAAUUGAGGAUGUGGCCAACAAGAAGUGAAGACAUGUUCAAGACAGGAAGUGAGGACAUGUUCAAGACUGGAAGUGAAUAUGUGGACAACAGGAAGUGAGGAUGUGGCCAACAGGAAGUGAAGACGUGUUCAAGACUGGAAGUGAAGAUGUGGACAACAGGAAGUGAGAAUGUGGCCAACAGGAAGUGAAGACAUGUUCAAGACAGGAUGUGAGGACAUGUUCAAGACUGGAAGUGAAGAUGUGGACAACAGGAAGUGUAGAUUUGGGCAAUAGGAAGUGAAGAUGUGGACAACAGGAAGUAAAGACAUUUGCAAGACAGGAAGUGAAGACAUGUCAAAGACUGGAAGUGAAGAUGUGGACAACAGGAAGUGAGGAUGUGGCAAACAGGAAGUGAAGACAGGUUCAAGACAGGAAGUGAGGACAUGUUUAAGACUGGAAGUGAAGAUGUGGACAACAGGAAGUGUAGAUGUGGACAAUAGGAAGUGAACAUGUGGACGACAGGAAGUAAAUACAUUUGCAAGACAGGAAGUGAAGACAUGUCAAAGACUGGAAGUGAAGAUGUGGACAACAGGAAGUGAGGAUGUGGCCAACAGGAAGUGAAGACAUGUUAAAGACAGGAAGUGAGGACAUGUUCAAGACUGGAAGUGAAGAUGUGGACAACAGGAAGUGUAGAUGUGGACAAUAGGAAGUGAAGAUGUGGACGACAGGAAGUAAAGACAUUUGCAAGACAGGAAGUGAAGACAUGUCAAAGACUGGAAGUGAAGAUGUGGACACCAGGAAGUGAGGAUGUGGCCAAAAGGAAGUGAAGACAUGUUCAAGACAGGAAGUGAGGACAUGUUCAAGACUGGAAGUGAAGAUGUGGACAACAGGAAGUGAGGAAGUGGACAAUAGAAAGUGAAGACAUGUUCAAGACAGGAAGUGAAGAUGUGGACAACAGAAAGUGAAGAUGUGGACAACAGGAUCUUUAGACAUGUUCAAGACCGGAAGUGAAGAUGUGGACAACAGGAAGUGAGGAUGUGGCCAACAGGAAGUGAAGACAUGCUCAAGACAGGAAGUUAAGAUGUAGACAACAGGAAGUGAAGAUGUGGACAACAGGAAGUAAAGAUGUUGAUGACAGACAGUUAAGAUAUGCAAGACAGGAAGUGAAUGACAGGAAGUCCUCAUCGUGUGUCAAGAUAACAUUUAGCUUUGAUGUCAAAAGUGUGAACUUUUAUUUGGAAAAAAAAAGAUGAGACAUCAUUCUGUCAUUAUGAUGGUUUUAUGUGUUAAUUAAGAACCAUGACACGAUGAUGAUGAUGAUGAAGACAGCAUGCUUUGUGCCAAUGCACUGAUUUGAUUGGACGGGAGGAGCAGGAGGAGGGAAAGGUUGCUUCUUCUCAAAGCACACACACACACACACACACACACACACACUCACUCACUCCCUCACACACACAGUUCGAGCUGGCCGCCUCACACACACACACACACGCGCACACAAACACACACACACGCACACACUCACGCGCACACACACACACACACACACACACACACACACAGUCAGUCAGAGAGUGUGUUGAGAGGAUGAAGACGAUCAUGAAGAUUCUGUUUGUUCUUCUGCUGCUUUUUGGACUCUGCAACAACACAAGUUUUCCUGCUAACAUCAACAUAGGUGCGCUUUUCCCACCCGCGUCCCAUGAGUACGAGGUGUUCCGCUUCGCCUUGGCGGGGCGUCGUGACGUGCCCAGGCUGGUGCCUCAGGUGGACGCCGUGGAGACGGCGAGCAGCUUCGCCAUGACCUAUGCUUUCUGCUCGCAGCUGGCCAAGGGGGUCCACGCCAUCAUGGGCGUGUACGACCUGAGGACCGCCAACAUGGUGGCGUCCUUCUGCGGCGCGCUUCACGUCAGCUUCAUCACGCCGUCGUUCCCCGCCCUGGCCAACAACCAGUUUGUGCUGCAGUUACGUCCGCAGCUGCAAAAGCCUCUCAGGGCGCUGUUGGACCACUUCGGCUGGACGCGCUUCGUCUACAUGUACAGCGCCGACACAGGUCUGUCGGUUCUGAAGAAUGUUCUGGACCGUGCGGCCGAGCGAGGCUGGCAGGUGACGUCGGUCAACAUGGACGCUCUGACAGAGUCCAUGUUCAUCAAGCUGCUGGUGGACUUGGACUUCAACAAGGAGUUCCAAGUGGUUCUGGACUGCGAGUCGGACCGCCUCAACGCCAUCCUGAGUCUGAUUUCAGCGCAGAAAAGAAACCUGAAGAAUUAUCAUUACAUCCUCCUCAAUAUGGGCUUCGUAGAGUUGAACAUGACAGAAUUCCAGAAGUUGUCCCCAAAUGUGACGGGCUUCCAGUUGGUCAACUGGUCAGAUUCCACCGUCUUGAAGGUCCAGCAGGAGUGGAUGGCCUUUGACCCUAAAGACGUCCCCGCGCCGCGUCGCAACCUGCGGUACACAGGCGCCCUGACCUACGACGGCGUCAGCGUCCUGGCGGCGGCGUUCCAGAACCUCCGGCGACAGCGCAUCGACGUCUCUCGCCGCGGCAACGCCGGGGAGUGUUUGGGCAACCCCACCGCCCCCUGGGGGCAGGGCAUCGACAUCCAGAGAGCACUGCACCAGGUGCGUCUGGACGGGCUGACGGGCUACGUUCAGUUUGAUGAGCGAGGACUUCGUACCAACGUCACGCUGACAGUCAUGGAACUGGGCCCUGAUGGACCCAGAAAGGUGGGCAUGUGGAGCGGGAAGCGAGGCUACGUGAAGGUGGCAAAGUACAAGCCCCCCCCAGAGGAGUUCCACGGGCUCCAGAACCGCACCUACGUUGUCACCACCAUCCUGGAGGCGCCGUACAUGAUGCUGAAGAAGAACCACGAGCAGCUGGUGGGAAACGACAGGUACGAAGGCUACUGCGCCGAGCUGGCGGCAGAGAUCGCCAAGCACGUGGGCUUCGUUUACCGGCUGGAGCUGGUGGGCGACGGCAAGUACGGCGCCAGAGACGCGGACACCAAGAUGUGGAACGGCAUGGUGGGAGAACUGUUCUACGGGAAGGCGGACGUGGCGGUCGCCCCGCUGACCAUCACACUGGUCCGUGAGCAGGUGAUCGACUUCACGAAGCCCUUCAUGUCCUUGGGCAUCUCCAUCAUGAUCAAGAAGCCCACCAAGUCCAAGCCCAGCGUCUUCUCCUUCUUGGACCCGCUGGCCUACGAGAUCUGGAUGUGCAUCGUCUUCGCCUACAUCGGCGUCAGCGUGGUGCUCUUCCUGGUGAGUCGCUUCAGUCCUUACGAGUGGAAGAAGGAAGAUGAAGAAGACGAUGAAGAUCUGCACUCGUGUGCGGCCGCUUCUCAACAAGCUCCGCCCACUUCUUCCUCCACAGGGUACCAGCUUUCUUUGGUUCCGACCCAGGACCAGAACCAGAAUCAGCAGAAAGACAAAGAAAGUCCCGAACACUCCAACGACUUUGGCAUCUUUAACUCCUUGUGGUUUUCCUUGGGAGCCUUCAUGCAGCAAGGAUGUGACAUCUCGCCCAGGUCCCUGUCGGGUCGCAUCGUGGGCGGAGUCUGGUGGUUCUUCACCCUCAUCAUCAUCUCGUCGUACACGGCGAACCUGGCCGCCUUCCUCACCGUGGAGAGGAUGGUGUCGCCCAUCGAGGGCGCCGAGGACCUGGCCAAGCAGACCGAGAUCGCCUACGGGACUUUGGACGGCGGCUCCACCAAAGAGUUCUUCAGGAGGUCAAAGAUCGCCGUGUUCGAGAAAAUGUGGUCGUACAUGCGCGGCACCGACCCGUCGGUCUUUGUCAAGAACACCAACGAGGGCGUGAGCCGCGUGCGCAAGUCCAAGGGGAAGUACGCCUACCUGCUGGAGUCGUCCAUGAACGAGUACAUCGAGCAGCGCAAGCCGUGCGACACCAUGAAAGUGGGCGGGAACCUGGACUCCAAGGGCUACGGCGUGGCCACGCCCAAAGGAUCGCCGCUCAGAAUCCCAGUAAACCUGGCAGUUCUCAAGCUCAAUGAACAAGCCGUCUUAGACAAGUUGAAAAACAAGUGGUGGUAUGACAAAGGCGAGUGCGGACACAAGGACUCCGGCAGAAAGGACAAGACCAGCGCUCUCAGCCUGAGCAAUGUGGCGGGAAUCUUCUACAUCCUGAUUGGAGGACUGGGACUGGCCAUGAUGGUGGCGCUGUUGGAGUUCUGCUACAAGUCUCGCUUGGAGUCCAAGAGGAUGAAGGAGCUGAUCGACGCCGCCAUGUUGAGCAGCGGCCUGGGAGCGAUGGCCCUCGCGGGAGGCGGGGUCACGGUGGGCAGGUUGGGAGGAGGCGGGGCUUCAGGGCCGGUGGGCGAGAACGGUCGUGUGGGGUCACAUGACUUGCCAAGGUCCGCCGCCCAAAGUUUACCCUGCGUGAGCAAAGCUGCUAGUUAGGGAUUGUCCUCCAAGGUCAUGUGACCAGCAGCGAGACACCUGAUUGGACGCAGCCGCCUGACAAUCAUCCGGCAUCACAGGAGGCAGCACAGAUGAACUGAGUGCACCUGAAGGCAACACGCCUCUUCUACUUGGUAUCCCUCUUUACCUUCUCUUCUCCCUCUUAUUUUACUUCCUUCUCUUCUUCUACUUCCUUCUCUUCUUUUACUUCCUCCUCUUCUUUUUCUUCUACUUCCUCCUGUUCUUCUAAUUCUUCCUCUUCUUCUUCUUUUACUUCCUCCUGUUCUUCUUGUAUUUCCUCCUGUUUUCCUCCUUUUACUUCCUCCUCUUCUUUCACUUCAACCUGUUUUCUACUUCCUUCUGCUCUUCUCCCUCUUAUUUUACUUCCUCCACUUCUUCUACUUCCCCCUGUUCUUUUACUACCUCCUGUUCUUCUUCUAUUUCCUCUUGUUUUCCUCCUUUUACUUCCUCCUCUUCUUUCACUUCAUCCUGUUCUUCUACCUCUUUCUGCUCUUCUCCCUCUUAUUUUACUUCCUCCUCUUCUUCUACUUCCUCCUCUUCUUUUACUUCCUCCUGUUCUUUUUCUUCUACUUCAUCCUAUUCUGUAACUUCUUCCUGUUCUUCUCCCAAUUCUUCCUCUUAUUUGAAUUCCUCCUCUUCUUCUUCCUCCUGUUCUUUUUAUUCUACUACCUCCUGUUCUUCUUCUAUUUCCUCCUGUUUUUCCUCCUUUAACUUCCUCCUGUUCGUUCACUUCCUUUUUGUCUUCUUAUUUUUGCUCCUGUUUUUCCUCCUUUUACUUCCUCCUGUUCUUCUUAUAUUUCUACCUGUUUUCCCUCCUUUUACUUCCUCCUGUUCUUGUUCUACUUCCUCCUGUUCUUCUUCUUCUACUACUUCAUCCUGUUCUUAUACUUCCUCCUGUUCUUCUACUUCCUCCUGUUCUUUUCUCCUUUUACUUUGUCCUGUUUAUCUACUUCCUCCUGUUUUUCCUCCUUUUACUUCCUCCUGUUCUUUCAAUUCCUCCUUUUCUCCUACUUCCUCCUGUUCCUCUUCUAUUUCCUUCUUUUACUUCCUCCUGUUCUUCUACUUACUCCUAUUCUUCUCCCUAUUCUUUUUAUUUUACUUCCUCCUCUUCUUUUUCCUCCUCUCCUUUCUCUUCUACUUCUUUCUGUUCUUCUUUUAUUUCCUACUUUACUUCCUCCUGUUCUUGUUCUACUUCCUCCUGUUCUUCUUCUUCUACUACUUCAUCCUGUUCUUUUACUUACUCCUGUUCUUUUCUCCUACUUCCUCCUGUUUUUCUUCUAUUUCCUUCUUUUCCUUCCUCCUGUUCUUUAACUUCCUCCUAUUCUUCUCCCUAUUCUUUUUAUUUUACUUCCUCCUCUUCUUCUUCUUCCUCCUCUUCUUUUUCUUCUACUUCCUCCUGUUCUUCUUUUAUUUCCUCCUUUACUUCCUCCUGUUCUGGUUCUACUUCCUCCUGUUCUUCUUCUUCUACUACUUCAUCCUGUUCUUUUACUUACUCCUGUUCUUUUCUCCUUUUACUUGGUCCUGUUAUUCUACUUCCUCCUGUUUUUCCACCUUUUACUUCCUCCUGUUCUUACACUUCCUCCUUUUCUCCUACUUCUUCCUGUUCUUCUUCUAUUUCCUCCUGUUUUUCCUCAUUUUCCUUCCUCCUGUUCUUUAACUUCCUCCUAUUCUUCUCCCUAUUCUUCCUCUUAUUUUAAUUCCUCUUCUUCCUCCUGUUCUUUUUCUUAUACAUCCUCCUGUUUUUCUUCUAUUUCCUCCUUUUACUUCCUCCUGUUCUUUAACUUCCUCCUGUUUUUCUAUUUCCUCCUGUUCUUUUAUUUCCUCCUGUUCUUCUUCUAUUUCCUCCUUUUACUUCCUCCUGUUCUUUAACUUCCUCCUGUUCUUCUAUUUCCUCCUGUUCUUCUAUUUCCUACUUUUACUUCCUCCUGUUCUUCUACUUCCCCCUGUUCUAGUUCUACUUCCUUGUGUUCUUCUUCUUCUUCUUCUACUUCAUCCUGUUCUUUUACUUCCUCCUUGUUCUUUUCUCCUUUUACUUUGUCCUGUUUUUGUACUUCCUCCUGUUCUUUUAUUUCCUCCUAAGAAACAGAAUCAAAAGUACUUUAUUAAUCCCCGAGAGGAAUUAAUAUCGUAUUUAAUGAACUCCUGUUCUGCUACUUCCUCCUGUACUUCAUCUACUUCCUUUUAUUAUUUUCCUUCUACUUUCUCCUGUUUUUCUCUUUCUUCAUUCUGUUCUACCUCCUCUUCCACUUCCUCCUGUUCCUCUUCUCCCUUUUUCACCGGGGAACUCGCCCAACCCACAUGACCUAUUGACCCUGACCACUUCUUUUGGGGCCAAUCAGAAUGGAUUUAAUUUAGGCUGACUAUAUUCUGAAAUCCCAAAAAGAGGACACAUAUAUGUGUGCCAAGGACUAGGUGAAAAUUUGCCAAUGAUACUUGAACUUGCUUUAUAAAUAAUAUAUUUAUUUAAAUAAAGCAUUUUUUUCUCCUCUGUUGACAGUAUAACAAAAUAAGUCUCACUUAUAUUAUGUAACAUUCACAGUUUUAGAAAAAGCACAGAGGUAGCAAUAUUCAAAAUAACCUCUUGUAUAUAAUAUACACAUAAAUGUCUCAAAACAGGUUAAUUAUAUUUAAACAAAAAACAGGUCACAGCCCAUUCUUUAAAAUGUCUCUUCUCAGUCUAGUGGACCCUUUUAAUGUAAAAAAAUAUAAAUAAUGCCUUAAAACAUUUGAAACAAAAACAGAUGUUCUCAGAGAAUACACCAUAGGUAUUUCUCAAAUCAGUUAAAACAACAAAAACAGAGGUAGCAUUUCUGAGCCAAUUAUUUUAAGCUUCUGUAAAAAUAAAAUAAAAAAAAUAAUGCAGAGUCAACAUUUAAAACAAAAAUAGGACCUUUCCCGGCAAAACUCGAACCAACACUUCCUGUCAAUAGCGUCACUUCCCUAUCCUCCCCGGAAGUCCCGCCCCCCAGCCAAAGCCAUUGGCUAACACCCCGUAGCCAGGCGCUACAAUAUUUACAGCUAGAAUUCACCAACUCGAGUAACAUAUAUACGGUAACUUAACCCUGGACGUACAUUGAAAAUACACGCAA